AUGGCGAUUUCCUUUUCUGUUAUCGAGAUCCAUCUUGGAUAUGUAGUUCCCUCUCACGCCGUUCAUCAUCAUCAUUAUAUUGAAAAAUGCGGCUUCUUCCCAAUCUGUAGGAUGUCGGGCUCGACAUCACCGGCACGGCUUACUCGGAAACUUUCCAGCACCAAGAUAGCCAAGCAGCUAGCUGGACUUAGUCUGCGAUCCGAUGAUAUUAUGGACCAGGGUGAGACAGCCCGUCACGAAGGUAGAUUCGUGUUCGAAUGUAGCUGGGAAGUCGCCAACAAAGUCGGCGGCAUAUACACUGUGCUUCGUACAAAGGCUCCGAUUUCCACAGAAGAGCUUGGCGACCAGUACUGUAUGCUUGGUCCUUACAAUGAGGAUCGCGUCAAACUAGAGGUAGAAGUUCUCGAGCCAGACAAUGCUGCUAUGAAAUAUGCUCUUGAUCAUGCACGCGACAGUGGAUUCAAGCUUGUUUACGGUCGUUGGCUAAUCGACGGCUAUCCAAAGGUAGUACUGUUCGACAUAGGUUCGGCUGCGUGGAAGCUGGAUCAGUGGAAGCAUGAGAUGUGGUCAAUAACAAAAGUGGGUAUACCUUGGCACGACCGCGAGGCGAACGACUGCGUAAUUUUAGGAUUUAUGGUAGCAAUCUUUUUACAGAAGUUUGCCGAGGCAAUAGCUUCCGAAGAGCCGCUGAUCGUAGCACACUUUCAUGAGUGGCAGUCAGCCGCUGGUCUGAUUAUGAGCAGAUUAUGGAAAAUUAAUAUCUCGCUGGUAUUUACUACGCAUGCCACUUUGAUAGGACGUCAUAUCUGCGCCGGUGGUAUAGACCUCUACAAUAAUCUUGAUAGAAUUGAUGUCGACCGUGAAGCGGGCGAACGACAAAUCUAUCACCGCUAUUGUAUCGAACGAGCAGCAGUACACCUGGCACACGUCUUCACCACUGUCAGCGAAAUUACCGGCCUUGAAGCUGAGCAUCUGCUAGGACGGAAACCAGACAUUCUCACGCCAAACGGGUUGAAUGUUGUGAAAUUCUCUGCCAUACAUGAAUUCCAGAAUCUACAUGCUAUUGCAAAGGAGAAAAUUCAUGAUUUUAUACGAGGACACUUUUAUGGUAAUCUCAACUUCGAUUUGGAUAAAACGCUCUACAUUUUCACUGCUGGGCGUUACGAAUUCACAAACAAAGGCGGUGAUUUCUUCAUAGAAGCCUUAGCCCGACUUAACUAUAAACUGCAGAUCUCUCAAGACCCGCGUUGCAAGGAUGUGACCGUUGUGGCAUUCAUCAUCUAUCCGGCCGCAGCGAACUCUUUCAAUGUGGAUUCGCUACGAGGACAAGCAGUAUGCAAGCAGCUUAAGGACACUAUCGCCAAAAUCAAGGAGAACGUUGCGAAUCGCAUGUUUGAAUCAUCUGUUAGAGGAAAAGUGCCCGAGCCAGAAGACUUGCUCCUACCAGCUGAAAAAGUCCAACUCAAGCGUUGUAUCCUGGCGGCGAAGCGUGACACUCUACCUCCGAUUUGCACACACAACAUGUUGGACAGCGCAAACGAUCCAGUGCUGCAGUCCCUACGUCGCGUACAGCUGUUCAAUCACGAUUACGAUCGCGUAAAGGUGGUUUUUCAUCCGGAGUUCCUCUCAUCCGUUUCCCCACUUAUUGGCUUGGAUUAUGAAGAUUUUGUGCGCGGCUGCCAUCUUGGAGUAUUUCCAAGCUACUACGAGCCAUGGGGCUAUACUCCAGCUGAAUGCACAGUAAUGGGUGUACCAUCAGUGACGACAAAUCUGAGCGGAUUUGGUUGUUUCAUUAAUGAGCAUGUUGCCGACGCAAAGAGUUACGGUAUUCAAGUGGUAGAUCGUCGUUUCAAGGGUGCAGAUGAAUCCAUUAACGAACUCGCCGAUGGUCUAUACGAAUUCACAUGUUUAUCGCGUCGUCAAAGGAUCAUCGUGCGCAACCGCACUGAACGUCUUAGUGAAUUGCUAGAUUGGAAAACACUCUCUAUGUUCUACAGAGAUGCAAGGUGGAUGGCAUUGAAGAAAACUCAUCCGGACCUCGAGAUGCGCUUGUCGGAUGCAGUCACGAUGAUGCCUCGUCCAAUCUCUGCUCCUGGAACUCCUGCUCCUGGAACUCCUUCGGUGUCUGGCCCAACAACACCCCGCGAAUCUGACAGUGAAGAAGACAGCGAGCAAGAAGAGUAUGAAGAGCAGCUGUUCAACGAAAAAUGAUCGACCGAACUCUGAUAAUAGAUUGUGUCUUGUGCAUUUCAUUCUAGUUAAAGUAGGCCAACAUGAGGAAGCUCAUAUCCGUUUGGCUCACGCGCAUCUAGCUCGUUCAAUACCCUCUAAUCAUAGCCUUUUUACAAGAAUGUGAAUUGCCUCGUUUAUGAUUUCUAUCAUUUAUGGUUCCCAGUCAACCGUGUCCGGUGAAAUCGACUUCCUUAUUCUGAUAGCUUUCAAACUUGUUUUGUAGUGUAACGUAUCUAUAAUGGGCAGCUCAGCCUUUCUGAAGCGCAAUCAUGGUCUUCACUCAUUUCUACUCAUUGUUAGUACGUUCAAAUUUGAAACACUGCUCUAAGCUGAUCUGUAUAAUGAGUGCCAUCGGUGUUCGGUGCUAUCUGAGAAACUAGGGACUUCUCAGUUCGAUGAUCAUGACCAGAAAUUGCAAUACUUGAAUAAAAGUUCUUCAUGAGAG